UGUCAACUUUUUCAUCAUCAUCAUAUAACAAUUAAAAGGAGGCCCUGUUUCCGAAUACCGAAUAAUAUUUACUAUUACUCCUACGCGAUUUGUAUUCAUCACAUUCAUUGCCCUGUGAUAAUGAUGACGUGGUUCUACUCCGCCUCUGCCGCCGCCACUCUCCUCCUCUUCUUCAGCCCCUCACUUGUCGAUCUGGAUCAUCACAGACCCCCUCAACUCCCAGGAGUUAGCAUUGAAAGGCCGGUGUUAGAGGUCACCCCUGCCCCCCUUUCCGUUCAUUCAGCUACUUAUGGUGAUGAUGUACAAAACACUUUACGAUGUGCCCGUGUUGCCAUUUAUGGCAUCUCAAGAUUGAAUCUUCUGAGCUAUGCUAGUUCAUUCCACAUUUCUGUGGCUCCCUCAGCCGCAAUCCCAGAGAGGCUACAUAGCCAAGUUCAGGUUUGUCUGCAUAGGGACAUUUCACUUGGAUUGUGUGAGUGCCAAAAGGAUGAAUGGGAGAGUGUGCAGAAGGGGAUCUGGAGUGCUGUUAUGUCACCCUACGAAACUAGAUAUGUUGAUGUCAGGAUCAAUGGUCAAAUACCAGCUUCUGUUACAAUUGCUCUUGAAGAAGAUCUUCAGGAUUGGUCUCUUACUAGUCUUGUACUUGGAUUGGCAUUGCUGUUCGCUCCAAUUAUUACCAGUCGGGUUCCAUUUUGCCACAGCAGUUCAUUGGUUACAGUGAUCUUUCUUGUCAUUGUAAUUCAACUAUUUGAGGUUGCUAUUUUUGUAAUCCUGAGCAUCAUCUUGGCUGGUGCUUUAGUUUACUCAGUUGUUAGUAGGUUUGUUUUUUCAGAACAAGAUGGUACUAUCGCUGCUGGGGUUGCUCGGUUUGUCAAGUGGGAAAUGCGCAUCAUAGGAUACACCUUUAUUUUUCAGGAUACUGAUGAAUUCACGAGAGGGUAUUUCUCAACCUAUCACAACCUGGGAAACCGAGAGAUGUUCAUAGAGAAUCAGUGGGUUGAGUUGACUCGAAGAUGCACUGAGCAAGCCUUAGCAGACUUGAUGGCAUCUCCGGCUUUCAUUGCCUGGUUGACUGAGAAUACAGGCCGGAUACGAGUUGAUCCACAUGAACCAGCCGAGAAUGUUAGCAGGCUAGGAGCAUUAAGGAACGUACUUCCAUGGCCAUGGCCUUUUCAAGAAGAUUCAGAAAUCUAAGUAUGAGAAAAAUGAAUACUCUGAUUGGAGAAGUUAAAAGAUUGUGAGAGAGUUGGUCUGGAUCAUUAACUGCUGAUGUGCCUGAUGGAUGGUAAAAUUUGAAUGGGAUGCUUGUCGUUUAUCCGGCAUGGCCUUACACUUGAUGUCCAUCACUUCCUUGAAUAUGGGUUCACAGAUUGAGGUGGUUCUUGGUCUUUUGUGGUUAGUGUAUAGGUUCUUGUUCUGAUUUGCAUUUGCAUAGGUCAUCAUUUUGGGCUGAAUAAUGUUGUGUUCAUUAUGAGUUGCUCAGUUUUGUUUUAUCGUUGGUUAUGUUGGUCUGGUUUUGGUUGAGAUUCUUCUGUACAAAGUGAUCAGACCACCCACACAGCAGCCUAUGUUUUCCACUGCCACAUUGUUCACGACUUGGUCAACGUCUAUCGUCCAACACAUGCAUUGUUAUAGUUUUCUGCUUAUGCAUCUGCACCACAUAACGCUGAUGAGAUGAUGGAACUGUCUGGGAAAAGGCUGGGUUUUGAAGGAAGGGGAAUAGCAGUGAGAAUGUGUUUCUGGGGUUAGGGGAUGUAUACAUUAUUACUGUUGUCUUAACAGUUUCUCUGCCUCAUGUAGCUGCACCUUGGAAUUGGAGAGCUAAAGAAAUGAAUAGAAUGAUAAAGUGGAGGUGGAAGGAUACCACACAUGUCAAUAUAUGUAGUACAUAUUGUAAUUGUGUAAGCUGUCUUUGUGAUACAUGGAUAAGAUUAUAUAUUUUUCUCUAUUUAUUAAUUGAAUAAAUAAUCUUUUUUGUGUG